AUGGCACCUCCCAAGAAUGUCAACAUUGCUGUCAUCGGCACCGGUGGUGUCGGCUCAGUCUUCCUCUCGCAGCUAGCAUGGAUCGCCAAGCACACACCUUCAACGCACUUCAGCCUCUGCUAUAUCGCUAUGAUCGACAAGGCCCUUUACCACAAGGAUUAUUCAGAGAUAGACAUCGACACUGCCGUUGCAACCAUGGAAGCAACAGGCAGUGCACUGCCGGCGAUCCCAGCAAUCAUCGAUUAUCUCGCCGGCGCUCCUCACAAGGUCAUUAUGGUAGACAACACCAGCUCGGGGGCGAUUGCCGAGUCCUAUCCAGCCUUUUUGCGACGGGGGAUCAGCAUCGUGACGCCAAACAAGAAAGCAUUCUCUGGGAGCUACCAGCUCUGGCAAGAUAUUUUUGCCGCGGCGCAAUCGGGUGGCUCCUUGGUUUAUCACGAAUCAUCAGUCGGCGCCGGUAUGCCGAUCAUCUCCACAAUGAAGGACUUUGUUCAGACGGGCGACGAGGUCACGAAGAUCGAAGGCGUCUUCAGCGGAACCAUGUCAUACCUCUUCAAUUCUUUCGCUCCACUACGGGGAACGGGCAGCAAAUGGUCGGAUAACGUCAAGAAGGCGAAAGAGCUCGGCUUCACCGAGCCUGAUCCCCGCGACGAUCUAAAUGGUCUAGACGUCGCUCGCAAGGUGAUGAUCCUGGGCCGACUAGCCGGCUUGCCGAUUGAGUCGCCAAAUUCAUUCCCGGUUCAGAGUCUGAUUCCGAAAGAGCUGGAGUCGGCGAAGAGUGGCGACGAAUUCCUGCAGCGGUUGCCCGAGUUCGAUGAGCGGAUGGAGGAGCACAAGGUUGCUGCGCAGAAUGCUGGGAAGGUGGUUCGCUUCAUCGGUAGUAUCGAUAUGGUCUCGAAGCAUGUCAAGGUCGGAAUGGAGUGGUUUUAUCCCUCGGAUCCGAUUGCGACGCUGAAGGGCAGUGAUAAUAUCAUCAGUUUCCACACCAAGCGCUAUGGGAGUAUGCCGCUGAUUGUGCGGGGACAGGGUGCUGGUGGCGAUGUGACUGCCAUGGGUGUAUCGGGAGAUCUGUUGAAGGUCCUGGUGCAGCUGGGCUAG